CUGAUUCCAGGUGAUGGUACCGAACUCGUCCGACACUUCCUUAUUGAGCCCUCACCAAAAGGACCUGUUUUUGGAUCGCUAUCAGCUCUGGUCUAUCAACAUUCGAUCACUCCACUAGCAUUACCAACAAAAUUGCUUCUUCCUGACUAUGAUCCAGCCACCACACCUGAGCAUGUCUCAGCUACUCAAGCUCUUUUGGAGCAAGGAGCAGGCGUCUUGUCUGUUUUGCCCAAGCGUCAAAUUCUCGAGUGUGAAGAGGGGCGUGAAGUAAACUUAACGUUCAUAAACAACUUGGACGCGAAAUUUGUGUGUAAUUUGAGAGUAAUAAUCUAUUUUCAAGUUUAAGG